AUGCACCAGCAAGACAUGUCUGAAAGCUCUUCAGGUCAAAACACAAGCAGUCAGGAGAUUCACCCAUCUAAUUCAUCCUACACCUCCGACCUGAGUGAGUCACACACUGGCUCGGCUCUCUUGAGGAACAGAACUUUUUAUUCACGUUCGGAUUCUGGAAUAUCAUCCCUGCUUCCAUCAGAUUCUUUUAAGUACCUUACUUGGCACAAGGUAGAACAAAAUGACAUCCAAGGAAGUCAACUGCGUUGCCCAAGAGUAAGAGAAGGACCCUCUGCGGAAGAGUUGUUCUUCAGACAGGAGUGUACCUUGCCUCCACGGAAAAGAGUCCUUGAAAAAAACAAAUGGGAAACAUGGCUGCAAGAAAACUGGGAGGACUGCAAGAAUUUGAACCUUUCAUUUCAGGAUUUGGGGGACCCUUAUCAAGUUGCAAAUUUUAACAGGAUUCUUAGAAGACUAAUUCGAGUUGAAACCCUCUGGUUAGUGGAUAAUUCACUGGUGGAUUUAAGUGCCGCAAGAUUGCCAAGCUGCAGAGUUUUAAAUAUGAACAAAAACCAUCUCACAUCUUUCAAACAAUUGCCAAAGAUACCUCAGAUACAGCAUUUAUCCUUGGCUGAAAACCAUAUUGAGACUCUGGCUGGGCUCUCCAGUUUGCGGUGCACGCCAUUGGAAUCCCUUACGCUCAAGAGGAACCCUUGUGAGUUUCACCAAAACUACCGGAAACGAUCUUCCAAUAAGAAGACAGCACAGUUCAAAAGAGAAGGGACUUAA